CCUUUAGCGCACACGGUAGGCAGAGCCAGGAAGUGAAUGGGAUGCUAAAAGAAAACACAACAAAUGCUAAGGUUAAAAAAAAGUGUCUGAACUUUUUUUUUUUUGAAAAUGGAAGCUACGACUUUUACUCCAACAAGCAACGGAUCACGCUGCGUAUUCUUUAACACACAGUCCGAGGACUACCGAUGCGUGGUGAUUUUAUCAAUAAUGCGAGCCACUGGAACCUUCUCCUUAGUUGGAUGUGUUUUUAUGCUGUUUGUGAUCUGGCUGCUGCGGCGGUAUCAGUCUCUGGCUCAGAAGAUGAUUCUUUGCUUGACUGUAGCAGCCUUCUUCGACAGUGUAGCAUAUGUUAUGGGUGAGACACAUCCGGAGGGAUCUCUUUGUGACUUCCAAGCCUGGUGGCUGACAUACUUUGACUGGAGUGCCUUGGCCUGGGUCUGCCUCAUCACGCUGAACCUGUACCUUAACCUGGUCAGAGAAAUGAGCACCAACAGAUAUGAAAUGUUUUACCAUCUGUUGGCGUGGGGGACGCCUCUGGUCAUGGCCUCCUUGCCGCUGCUGAAGGGUUACUACGGUCCCGCAGGAGCCUGGUGCUGGAUCACAGACGAUCACGUAGCCUGGAGAUUUGGGAUAUGGUACGUGCCUCUUUUCAGCCUCAUUUUCCUGAUGAUCUGCUGCUAUGCCAGGAUCAUCUGUGUGGCCAAUAAGAGAAUGCAGUCCUGGCUGGGAACCUUCAACCCAGAGAGGGAGAGAAGAAAGGUUUCCCUGGCUGAGGAGAUCAAGCCGCUCAAGUGGUAUCCCUCCGUCUACCUGCUGGUGUCCAUCUUCCCCCUCAUCAACAGACUCCACAAUGCCUUCUACCCGCAGGACCCUUCCUUCUCCCUCACCCUUCUGCACGUCCUGUCAGCACCCCUCCAUGGCCUGGCCAAUGCUUUUGUAUUUGGCCUGGACAGAGACUGGUGGAACCUCCUGAGCCCAACCGGCAUGCAGCUGGCUCUACAGUCACGGCUCUGUGACCGCACUCAAAUUGGCGAGUACUACCUUGGGGCAGUGCGCUACACACAAGCUGACCUGGAAGACCCUAGCGAUGACGACGACACCAACGUGCUCUUCUACUCUCCCGACAUGACCCUGAAAGGGCGAGGUUCCUGACAGAGAGCAGGAGACAGAGAGGGAGACAAAAGAGCUGCAGGAAGGAGGCACAAAGGAGGGUCGCAGGCAGAGAGAAGCACAGAGGAUUAGAAACCGAGAAGAGGGAAAGAAACAAAAUGUAGGGAGGGAAUGGUAGGGAAGAUUGCGGGGACAGUCAGGCAGAUAGAAGCCGGAGAUGAGCUGUCAGGUUCCAUUAUUAAUCCCCAUCCUUUACUAUUUAAUAUCCUUAAGACACACACCACACAUACUGAGCAGAGCUCCAGCUCAACAGAGCUUAGAGGGUUCUCCCCAUGCUGAGGGAGGGCGUCUACCGCAUCCCAACAAUUUCCAAAUUAUUUACCAUUUUCUGCACCAUUUUGUCACCUGUUCUUCAUUAUUUUUGCACACUAGUGGAGGGGGAAAAAAAGUAUUAAUAAGCGGCCACGGAGGGCGAUGAUUGCAAAGUGUUUCUGAAGAACUUGCAGCUAGUCACCUUUUCACUUCUCUGCAGGAGAUGAGUGGAAAAAAAGCAGCCCUUUAAAGUCAUGUGUGUGUCAGCAUCUAGAUCUGCUGUUAGAUUGAUCCUAGCAAUGCAUAAUUUUCCUCCCAACAGGGGGGAAGCGGGGCAAAAGAAAAAAACUUUAACUCCUAAGAUGGGUAGAGAAGACCCAUCUUUCUGAGUCAGUCAGAACGUUUCCAUUCGCUCAACAUUCUGUCCGCUGGCUGCUCCAGAAUGAAUGCAAGCAGGAGAUUUAUCGAUUAGAGUUUAACCAGGAAUAGUUCAGCCUUAGCCAGACUAACGUGUUUACAUGAACUUUAGGAGUCUGCUUUGACUCUGAGUGACACUGUGUUUGGGUUCUGAUGUCACGCAUUGUCCUCUCUGUUCAUUUGAAGGUUGUUUUGUAUUUUUUAUGAACACGUAUUUGUCAUGCUGUAUUUAUAUCAGAUCAAUGAACUGUUUUUGCUUAUGUUUUAUACAUGUAUUUUUGUACUUGCCUUAAAAGGAAAUGGGGGGGAAAAAAGUUUGGCCUCUUUUUGUCAGAGCUUUACAAUCAAAUGUUUUAAUAUUUAAUUGAAUAAAAAAUAUUCAUGUGGACACAAA